AUGUGUAUCAGAGAUUAUAUUGAGAGUGAGCUUGACCAAAAUAAUGUUAAAAUUUUAUGCCCUGAAAACGGAUGUCGCAAAGUGUUAAAUGAGAAUGAUGUAAAAAGAAUUGCAAAUCAUUAUCAAGGAGGUAAAUUACGUGAAUUACCGGUAUACGCUACAAAAUGUCAAGAACAAAUUAGAUCCGUAUUACAAGAAGAAAGAAAGGAAUGCAUUAUAUGUACCGAGAGUGUUAAUAUCAUAGCCUUUUUAAAUAUUACAGACCAGUGUAGUCAUGAUCGUAGAAUAUGUCGUGAAUGUGUAGGUGAAUAUAUUAAGCAUGAACUUGAAGAUAAUGGAAAACUUAGAAUUUCUUGUCCAGAAGAUAAUUGUAAUGAAAUAUUAAAUCAGAAAGAUGUGAAAGAAUUUGCAAGUGAUGAUGUAUUUAAACGGCAACAUGAUGAAGAAGAGUAUACACGACAAGAGGAAUGUCGACGACAAGAAGAGGAGGAACGUAGACGACAAGAGGAGGAAGAACGUAGACGACAAGAGGAGGAGCUCAGGCGAAGAGAGGAAGAAGAACGCAGAAGACGAGAAGAAGAGCGUAGGUUAGCAACACUUCGAACUGCCGAGACUGCUUCUGAAUCCUACGUGG